UAAACAACAUGGCGAUUCACGGCUGGCCCUGUUAGCCGACUGAUAUUACACUGAGCUUGUCAAACCCGAAGUUUCUGUGUGUUUGGACUUUAUACUAGUGAACUCAGCGGGUGUUAAAACAUCGGAAAAAUUAUUAAGUCAACACAGAAACGUCAAAGAGCUAAAUCGACGAGCUGUCAAGAAGACCAAACGGCUCCCCUCAGUCUAUGGGCUCUCAGUCCAGUUCUGGGAUGUCUGGUGGAAGGGGUUCUUCCAGUGGCAACCCAGCUGAGCAGUCUGAAGCAGCAGAAGCAAACCAGAGCAACAGCAGCCGAGUCCGCAGGCCGGCUGACAGGCAGCAAGGAGACAGACAGCCAGCAUCCGAGGAGGACGUCGACUUAGCAGAAGUGCUGGCUUAUUUACUAAGAAGGGGCCAGGUCAGACUGGUCCAUGGAAGUGGAGCCACAGGGCUACAGCUGGUCCAGUCAUACUCUGACUCUGAUGAGGACAGCGAUGGUGCCUGGGAGGGUCGGCUGGGUGACCGCUACAAUCCACCAGUGGACACCCAACCUGACACAAAUGAGGUGGACCGAAGUGAGAUUCGAACCCAGAUCCUGCUUGCCACCGCCUCCUCUUCCCUGAAAGGCAGACAGAGUUUCACCUACAUGCUAACAGAGCGGGAACAAGGCAGAUGUCGAGGCACCAGUUUUUCCCAUGGAGAGUGUAGUCGUAUCCGCACACAUUUUCUGCCAAACUAUGUAUCCCACAAGGACACGUACCAGCAGAAAGCCUUCUGUGGAGUGUACAGCGAGGAUGGCAACAUGUUUCUCUCUGCCUGCCAAGAUCAGAACAUUCGCUUAUAUGACACCACUAGGGGGCGCUUUCACCUACGGCGAACAGUGAAGGCUCGAGAUGUCGGCUGGAGUGUGCUGGAUGUCUGCUUCACUCCAGAUGCACAUCAUGUCCUCUAUUCCAGCUGGUCUGACUACAUUCAUUUGUGCAGUAUAGAUGGAGACAGUGAAAACCACACCGCCCUGGACCUCAACCCAGAUGAGAGGAGGUUCUGUGUGUUCUCUCUGGCUGCGUCUACAGAUGGCAAUGAGAUCCUGGGAGGAGCAAACGACGGCUGCCUUUAUGUUUUUGAUCUUGAGCAGAAUAAACGAACGCUGAAGAUUGAUGCCCACGAGGACGAUGUGAAUGCGGUGGCGUUCGCCGACAGCUCGUCCCAGCUGCUCUUCUCUGGCAGCGACGACGCGCUGUGCAAGGUGUGGGACAGACGGACGCUGCGGGAGGACAGACCACAGCCUGUCGGACAGCUGGCCGGCCAUCGAGACGGCAUCACCUUCAUCCACAGCAAGGGUGACGCCCGCUACCUUAUCAGCAACUCGAAGGACCAGUCCAUCAAGCUCUGGGACGUCAGGAAGUUCUCGCCCAAAGAGGGGUUGGCAGCGUCCCGCCUGGCUGUCACCCAACAAAACUGGGAUUACCGGUGGCAGCAGGUUCCCCAGAGAGCCCUGAAGAGACACAAGUUGACAGGGGACACCUCUGUGAUGACCUACCGUGGCCAUGGCGUUCUGCACACACUCAUCCGCUGCCGAUUCUCCCCGGAGUUCAGCACAGGACAGAGGUUCAUCUACUCAGGCUGCUCCACAGGAAAAAUAAUCAUUUAUGACGUGCUGACGGGCGCUGUGGUCUCCAGACUGUCGGGCCAUGAUGCAUGUGUGAGGGACGUCAGCUGGCAUCCGUACGAGGACAACAUCAUCAGCAGCUCUUGGGACGGAGCGGUGCGAAUGUGGGAGCACAGACAGACCCAUCCCUUAGAGGAGGAAAGAGAGAGGGAGAGAGAAUGACACCUGGAGAGAAAGACCUCGGAGACUGUGAGAGAAGAAGAAAAACAACAAAAGAAACGUCGGAGGAAGUGAUAUAUCCACAGAAGGGCCGAGGCUGGCCCUUUCACAGGAAAACAAGCUCAGAAGAACCGGGAGAGACGUUAAUUACGUUUUGAUUUAAUGCUGGAUAUGAUUACAGGUAAAAAAUUAAAAAAAAAAAAGUGCUUGUUAGAGGAGGCAUUUUAGCCUUACACUGUCACAGACAGACUGGGACGGACUACAUCUUUUGUGUUUUUGCCUCACUGACUCACGCAGUCAUCAGGUCAUGGCUUUUUUAUUUGACCUGAAAUAUCACAAACGUGCUGCAGCUCUCAACGCCAAGCACUGCACUUACUUAAAGAGCGUUUGAAACUUAGAGGCAAGUUAGUUAAGAAUCAAAGUUGGAAAUUGCAGGGAGAAGCUGUGGAUGAUUCUGUAUAAAUGUAAAGUAUUUUAAUGGUAUGUGUGUUCAGGGAGUAUAUUUAGAUAGACGUCAGUUUGCAGACUUGGAUUCAGUUUUGCUGUUAGAAAAAGCAUGGGCUUAGUCUUAUUUGAAGGCCUGUCACAUUAGAUUUUCACAUUUAAACACUUAAUAUAGUCAAAAUAAUCCAGCACAUUAUUUUCCAAGUUUGUUGCCGAAGAGCAUCAUGAGUUACAGUUGCUAAGCUGCUCCAGGGCAACUAUUCAUGGUCAAGUUGAAGGUUGGAAACUUCCAGCCAACUAAGGCUGGCUACACAAAAGAUGAUUUGUAGAUCUUAACCAAAAAUGUGGGACACCGCACGCAUAAGAUCAGUUUCAACCAGAGUUAAUUUGUUGACAAAAAUAUGGCAACAAAGAGACCUUUUUUCCACAAGUAAGGUGAACUUAGAAAAAGAAAAAAAGAUCUUUAUGUUAAUGAUAAUGGGAGAAGACAACUAAAAUGUUAACAGUGAACUGUUUGAUUCCUGAUUGUGUGUUUGGUUUGAUCCAAAAAGUUCCAUGCUUCCUGAGUAAGGUCUGAUUAAGGUCAGUUCACGUUCUCACUAUAAACAAACUGGACCAGAGUUCAAAUUGAAGUGGACUGAGACCGACCUUUUCAAGCAGUCUUGAUACGGUCGUUCAUCUGUGCCAGUGUUGGUGCACAGAUUGCACAUCGGAGCCAUUUUAAACUGAACCAACUCAGCAAACGGAAUCAGGAUCAUAUAAAUAAACAAGGCAGGUCUGGCUGCAGGCCAUACAUCUCUGACAGGCACUCUCACAGAUUGAUCAUCUGAGGUGCUGUCUCUUUCAGAAAAGAAAUACACACUAAAACUAGCUUAAUAAAAUUUUAUUUCAACCUCCAUUUAGGGUUAGGAUAAGGGUUAAAGUAACAAUUAGGAUAGGAUAGGAUAGGAUAGAAGUUAAGAACCUGAUCUACUAAACCUGGUUACAAAACUUUUCAUAAAGCAGAGUAAACAAUCUGCUUACAAGAAAAAGCUUGUCCUCCAUCACAUUAUUCUAAAAAAACCGUAGCUUAUGUAGCUCCAUUAGCUGUGUAAGCUAUGUAGCUAACUUAGCUAUGUAGCUAACUUAGCUAAAGCUAAACUCACAAAGCAACUAUGUAAUCUAUAGAGAUACAUUCUCUACAUAGCUAUAUCAGCUUUAGCUGAAUUUGCUAAAGCUCACAUUGCUCAAGCUAAUUUAGCUGUAUUGGCUUACAUUAACUAUGUAGCUAGCGUAGCUUUGUUAGCUUAAACUAAAGGUAAUGGAGCUAAAGCGAGGUACAGUUUGUGUAACUACUUGCAAAACAUGUCUAUACAUUAUUGAAUCCCUGUUUAGACCUCUAAUAUUUUUUCUGUUUUAUUUAUGAAAUGUUGCUUAGUCUCUAAUAUUUGCAUCGGGGUUAAGCCAUGAACAUAACAGCCAGACUUUGUUUAUAAAUAAAAAUUGACUUAAAAAAAAUCUUAAACCUUGUACCGGCAAAUUACAUCACUUCCAUUCUGAAAUAGCGUCUCAGAUGAACGGUCUGUAAGAGUGGCCAUCAGAGAUAUAUGGUCCGCUGCCAGACUGUCUUGAAAUUAACACUGCUCUAAAAUUAAAAUCCUUCAAAGGCACACACCGGGGCUUCUCAACUCGUGAGUCAGGACCCACAAGUGGGUCAUGGCGCUGUUUUCAGUGGGUUGCAGAACAAAAAAUGUAGCACCGUAUCAAGAAUAUACGGAAGCCCUAGACAGUUCUGUAUCUUUAUAUUUUAUUUUACUCUGUUCUGGAGUAAAAGCAGGUUGUUUUCUUGAACUCUGGACUUGUUUAUCCUGUCAUCUUGGAUAGAAAUAUCUUAAAGAAAGCUGCUUUCCCCAUGAUAAAGUCUUAAUUUCUUAAGAUUUAAUAAAAAACAACCAACAUUUAUGUUUUCACAGCAUAACAGAGUAAAAUAAUAUGUUUGUCUUCAUGCCCUUACAAAGUUUUGUCCCUUCUCAUUGUUCAGUCAUGUGUUUUGUUUCACCUAGGGUUUAAAUAGCAACAAUAUUUCAUUAAAUUAGUGGUUCAAAAUUUUUUGAAACCAUGGCCGUGAUUCUAUUAAGGAGGUGGUGGUGGGUCCUGUGGCUUUAUGACUUGAGAAAAUCUAGUCUAGACUGCGAGAACACUUUCCUGCUGUUUGUAGUAUAGCUUCACAGUGGAGAGUCUUUGUAUAUGUGAUCUCACAGAAACUUGCAUGAUCAAACUUGACUUCAGAAGACAAACAAAUAUGCUAUUUUACAGCGAAGAUAAAAAAAAGAAAUGAAUGUGAGUGAUAAACAAUGCUGUCUUUAUAUUUGCUGCCUUUGUGAGCUUUCAGGCUGGAGAUUUACAGAUAUGCAUCCGAACAUGAUGGCAAAGAGAGAAUAACACACUUUAAAAGAAAACAUUUAAAGAGUCAUUAAAACAGCCAAUAAAACCCACAAAAAGAUAAAGAAAGAAAAAGAAAAGAAGAGGAAUAUACAACUAAGACAAAAGCUGAAAAAUAGAAAGAGACAGUUACAGAAAAAAGACUAAAAGUUAGGCCUUAGAUAUACGUGCAGAUAAACACAAUAUAAAUAUUCAUUUUUAGUUCAUAACAAUCAACAUUAUAUUUGACAAUAUUUCCUCAGAAAGAUUCAGUAAAGUUCCACCAUUUUUCAAACCUCUCUUCUUUGUUGUGUUUUGCUGGUCUGUAUUUAUGGUGACAUUAGUCAACGCUGCCCCCAUUUGCAUAAAUAUGGAUGAUAUGAACGCAACACAUGCACAGAAAUCUCCAUCCUAAUCUAAAUGUGUUUCAGACAUAGAGAAUUAAUUAGCCUUAACCAGGCUAGCCCCUCGGAAUCUUAUGGGAGCCCAUUAGACCCCAAAUCCAUCUUAAAAUCCGCUGUUGUGUAGCCAGUCUAAGUUGACCAGGAUGCCCAAAUGUUCUAAUCACAAUGAUUGUAUCGUAGUUACUCUGAGUCCACCUGAAGUCUUAAGGCAACCCGUGUAUUUAAACACAGCGGUAGUCUGAGAUCUGUAAACACAAGCCCUGAGCUGAUUCUGAAAAAAUAAGAAUUAUUUUGUUGGAUUAUACAAACCUGUGAUCUGUUGAAAAGCUUUGAAUGUUUGUGAUCAAAUGUUUAGGACUUGUUAAAGGGACUGGGGAUGUGUGCGUGAACCAAAAUGUACACACUGAUCUGCAUCUGCAGUUUUCAGGGGUUUAUAUCAAAGUCAUGUUCACUAUCAGACUGAUGUUUUACAGUAACAAUAAAACCUCUCUUUAAAUGUACAA